UGUGCCAAGGCCUUUUGAUCGAUAGGAAUAUUUUAACACACGAUUCAUUUCAGUAAAAACCAGUGACUGGUUCGUAUCGAAAGCUAAACUCUUUUUAAAUUCAACCAAAAUUAACCAAAACGAUGAUCAAAUUACCCAAAAUACCCGAGAUUUCCGAGGACGUCAAGGAGCGUUUGGUGAUUGCUCUCGCAUAUGUCGAGAAGACUAUCCACUGGGGUUUUGUGCCUUUGGUGCUAUAUCUGGGAUACCGCAAGGGUGCAGAGCCAGGCAUGCCGCCAAUAACCCUAAUGAGCAUGUUGGGCUUCUAGAAACUGUCUCUAAGCUCAAGAUACUUCCAUACUAUAAACCUUGAACCACGAUCUAACUUACACACUUGCAUGCACUGUUAAACACACUUCAAAUUAGGAUAAAAUGCGCUUCAACCCAUUUGGAAGGGCAUUCAGUUCGUGAAAAUAAAAAAUGUAAUAUUCUUUAUUGCAAUAAGAUCUUCA